AACGGGGAGCGAAACUAGAACAUGCGGGUAUGCCACAGGCCGGGAUUGGUUACACGAUACUUGAAAAAUGAAGGGCACCCGAACGUGUCCACGAGUUCACAGUAGUUCACAGUAGACUACUUAAUGCUGUGAUGCGUCUCUCGGGUGGAGGGCAUUCACAACAUUUGUUGUCUCAACAGACGCGGUGGACUGACAUCUAGUGAACCAGAAAACGCAUGUGUUUUGCACUUAAAAGUGAAGACGAGUGGCAUUGUAUGACACGAAAGACACUGAGGGACCUGAUUGGCCGUGACAAAGUGAUUGGUGUGUGAAGAUUGUGUUAAUUCUUCAACUAGAAGUGUGCACGUGUACUACGCCAAGACAUCGGGGACGUCAUCAUGGCCGUGAACAUUCCCGGACUCAUCUCCGUCAUCGUCUUCUACAUUCUCAUCCUCGUCAUCGGCAUCAUCGCCGCCAGGAAAAGCAGAAACAGCAGUGCCGAAAACUCGUUCGUGGCCAAUAGAAGCAUAGGAUUAUGGCUGUCGUUCUUUACAAUUACGGCCACCAACAUCGGGGGAGGCUACAUCAAUGGUACAGCGGAAGCCAUGGCAUUCAGCGGCCUCAUCUGGACCAAUGCUCCUCUUUUGUAUUGCAUUUCCAUUGUCAUUGCUGGAGUGUUUUACGCGCCUAAGAUGAGAAGAGGAGGAUAUGUCACCAUGUUCGAUCCCAUCCAGGCAAAGUUGGGAGAUCGUGCCGGAAGUCUUCUCUUCUUCCCGCAGCUGAUGGGAGAUGUCUUCUGGACAGCCGCCAUCUUGUCAGCCCUAGGGUCCACCAUGUCCCUUAUACUAGAUCUGGAUCCCGUCUUGUCGAUCAUCGUGUCCACCUGUGUGGCCGUGUUCUACACCUUCAUCGGAGGACUGUACUCUGUGGCCUACACUGAUGUCAUCCAGCUCAUUUGUCUUUGCGUGGGACUGAUCGUGGCAUGUCCCUUUUCCUUCUUCCACCCAUCUGUCGACCUCUCACGAGUCCAGGACACGUGGCUGGGAGAGCUGCCCACAAACAUGAUUGGUAUAUAUGCAGACCUCUGUUGUCAGCUCAUCUUUGGAGGUCUAUCUUGGCAGGUUUUUUACCAGAGAGUGUUGGCUUGCAAGACGCCCAGUGUUGCUCGUACAAGUUCCGUUGUGGCAGCGUUUUGUAGCCUUCUUCUCGCCAUACCGCCAACAGCUAUCGGAGUAGUCGGGGCAGCAGCAGACUGGAAUGCCACAUCCUACACAGGCGAUAUCCCAAUACCUACUGAAUACCACAGUUUUAUCCUUCCCAUGGUGCUCAACUACCUGUGUCCACUUCCGGUGGCAGUGUUGGGACUUGGUGUGGUGGCUGCUGCUGUUAUGUCAUCUGCAGACUCCUCUGUCCUUUCAAGUGGAACCAUCUUUGCUAAGAAUAUCUACAAAGAUGUCAUACGUCCACAGGCCAGCGACCGAGAAGUGAUGUGGGUCCUGAGAGGCGGGAUAGUGGUGACUGGUGCGUUGUCGUGCGUUAUUGCCAUCCUGGUGAAGACAGUUUAUGGACUGUUCUACUUGUGUUCGGACCUCAUGUACGUCAUCCUCUUCCCCCAACUCACCUGCAUUCUCUGGAUCGGGUUCACCAACACCUACGGCGCUCUCACCGGCUACGCUCUCAGCCUCUUUCUGAGAGUGGCAGCUGGGGACGCCCUUCUUGGAAUCCCAGCUCUUAUUCAUUUCCCCUUUUACACAGAAGCUGAUGGCCAAUUGUUCCCUUUCAAGACACUGGCGAUGAUAGUCAACUUUGUGGCCAUCAUAUCUGUGUCAGCGUUCACAAGGCUUGUGUUCCGGCGAGGGUGGCUGUCAACCAGAUGGGAUGUGUUUAAUGUGAUGGAGAGAGAAGAGGACGCCAAGAGAGGUGAAAAGCGAGGAGAAAGUCUGAUGAUGAAGGAACGACAUGAUGGAAACAGAGACCCGGAUUACGCACAGAAUGAAAAGAUGAAACUUAGGGAUAACUAUAUGCAGUAAUUAAAAUCGAUUACAUUUUUGGUGUACUGCAACAUAAUAUGACUUAUUAUGCACAAACUAGUGUUAACUUACUCACUCGCUGUUAUUCAUUUUUAGAUGUAACCCAUAAGCACCCACUGACAGUUUCAGAGAGCUGUUUUUUUAAUAUCUGUAUUUAACUUGAUGCUGACCUCUGUACUUGGAAUCUACUUGUCCCCUGAUGUUUCUCUGUGUGUCGUGCGCCUGGCAGGGGGCUCUCCGAAUGCCGGCUCCUCUUAAGACAUGGAAGCCGUGUAAGAAUUUGUAUCUCCGCGUUUAUGACAUUUAACCUCAUAUAAUACAAUACAUAUUUUCGUGUAUAUAUUUUCAUUACACACCUGAUACUUCUUCCUGAAAAAUAACACAAACUGGUCUGGAGUCUUCUCAGAAUUUCAUCUUCAUGUUGGCUGAGAACUCAUCGACUUUUAUCUGAAUCUCAUCCAUACGAUGGUUAUCACUGCAGCUGGAAAUGGUGUUGUCGGUGGUGUUGAUGUUGUCCGCUGGACACCCAGUAUCGCUGCAUUGCUAAUGACAGAACUUCCGGGCUUGCACAUACUAGAUAAUGGUAGUCUAGAAGGCAAGGCAAGGCAAGGCAAGGCAAGUCAAGUCAAGAUUUAUUAAGUAAUUAGGCCCCCAGUCCAUAUCCAAUAUAUAAUACAAUAAUAUAUACAUGUCAUAUAACCUGCAUGCAUGAAAUGUAUGCUAUGUAUGUAGCCAUGAUUUUGACACAUGUAAUGUGUAUAAAUAAAUACAGUCAAAUACUUAUGCUUAAACAA